CGCGGAACAAAUUGUUCCACAUCCAAGCGGGCAUGCGCGAAUUCCACAUUGAAUCGCCGUAUCCACACAAGAACCCAGAGCUCUUCCGGCGCGUGAGGGAGUAUGCAUGCAUAGAACUCAUGUUUGAUGCAGGAUGUCAUGGUGCGUGGAUUGUAGAUGCAUUCGUCGGCGCAGUGUCCUGGGGCCAUGGAAAAAGGUGUGCCUGGAGCGCCUGCGGUACCAAGAACUUAAGUCCCCAAAGAAGGACGAGUCUCCAGCAAGCAGCAGCACUCUUGUCAAGGUCGAUGAUGGUGCUUCUACUGAUGCGGUAGACCCCUCCACUUCAGUUACAGAGGUCGAACCUACGGAACCUCAACCUACGAACCCAAUCCAAACACAGGCUGCUGUGGAGAUCCAGAUGCUAGAGGAGAAACUUCAGAUGCUACAGGACCAGAAACAUGUACAAUUCGGUCUGCUCAAGACCAUCCUCAUCGAAGAAGCGAGAGCCAAAGCGAGGGCAGCCCCUCCGCCUCCUCCAGUACCGCUUCCACCUCCCAUGCAUCCUCCCGGCCAUCCGACAUACCCCACCGACGGCAUGUACGUGGCGCCGCCCCUGCCAUUCGGAGCAGGAGCGUCCUGAGGCAUGCAACGAAAUCCAUCCCAUAUACGAAGAGGACUCGAAGCAAUUGGGGCAUCGUCUUGCGCACGUCGACCAUGCAUUCGACACAUCAUAGGAGAAUCGCUGUAUAAGUUCAUCAGUAUAGUGCCAAAUACAAACCAAAUCUCUCAGCAA